UGAGCUGUCCCCUCCACCCGGAAGGUGCUGGCCGGGUGUAAUCAGCUGACUCCUUGCCGAAUGCAUACACAGUGCUGUGCUACCCCUGGAAGAAUGGCAGACCAACCGCCUCCACCUACCGUGCGCGUCCAGAUGACAGAGAACACCAGGUUGCUAAAGCUGAAAGAAAUGUUUUCUUCUAACUAUGGACAUGAGCCUGCAUUUUAUGCUCGAGCCCCGGGACGUGUCAACUUAAUCGGAGAGCACAUUGACUACUGUGGCUAUGCCGUACUUCCAAUGGCUAUCGAGCAAGACAUAUUAGCAGCUGUACGGCCAACCAACUCUAAACUGGUGCAGUUGGCUAAUACAAAUCCUUCCUAUUUAGACUUCACCACCAGUGUUCAUGGUAUUCAGAUUGAUAAAACAAAGCCUUUGUGGCACAACUACUUUCUAUGUGGACUUAAAGGAAUUCAGGAUAAUUUCAACCUUAGCAGUCCAACAGGGAUGGAUUGCCUACUAGAUGGAACUAUUCCUCCAAGUUCUGGAUUAUCAAGCUCCAGUGCCUUAGUAUGCUGUGCUGGGCUUGUCACACUAAUCGCUAAUGGACUGACACUUUCUAAGGUAGAACUUGCUGAAACUUGUGCGCGAUGUGAGCGUUACAUCGGCACAGAAGGAGGCGGCAUGGACCAGUCAAUAUCCUUCCUCGCAGAAGAGGGAACGGCCAAGCUGAUAGAAUUCAAUCCACUGAGAGCAACUGAUGUCAAGCUUCCCACUGGAGCGGUUUUUGUCAUUGCCAACAGUUGUGUUGAAAUGAAUAAGGCGGCAACAGCUCAUUUUAAUAUAAGGGUUGUGGAAUGUCGACUUGCCACCAAGAUUAUAGCAAAGUCUAGAGGACUGGCCUGGAAAGAGCUGAUGAAACUUGGAGAUCUUCAGAAAAAACUUGGGGUUAGUUUGGAAGAUAUUCUUACAAUUGUUGAGGAACUUCUUCAUCCGGAGCCGUAUUCGUGUGCAGAAAUCUGUGAGUUUCUGGGAAUAAGUGUAGAGGAGCUUCGUACAACAAUCCUGAGCCAAAACACACAAGACGUUGCCACCUUCAAGUUAUACCAGAGAGCAAAGCACGUGUACAGUGAAGCUGCCAGAGUGCUCGCCUUUAAGGCCGUGUGUGAUGAUCCACCUGCCAAUGCAGUCCAGCUGUUGGGAGACCUCAUGAACCAGAGUCAUUCGAGCUGUAGGGACAUGUAUGAAUGCAGCUGCCCUGACCUAGACCAGCUGGUGGACAUCUGCCUGAAAUCGGGGGCUCUCGGAUCACGGCUAACUGGAGCUGGAUGGGGAGGCUGUGUGGUUUCUAUGGUUCCAGCGGAGAAGCUGAAUUACUUCCUCUCAAAUGUGCAAGAUAGCUUUUAUAAAACGGAUGACCAAAGAUUGGCUCUAAAGGAAAAGAGCAUUUUUGCUACAAUACCCGGAAGUGGUGCAGUGGUUCUUUUGGAAGAGGAUAAGAAAUAAAGCAUAUGAGUGUGUAGUAGAUUUGAUAACGCUUACCCUUUAAAUUCAUUUUCUUAGUCUUAGAGUAAAGAUCUCAUAUAAUAAAUAGUCUGCAAAAAAGUACAUUAUACCAAAUGCUAUAGGAAUGAUAAAGGCAAAGUAAACUAAAUAUUAAGAAGGACACUGUUUGCAAAGUUUUGUUUUUGUGUUGCAUGUAACAAAAUCUGAUGUAAGUCAUUCAUUGUUAUAAUGAUAUAAAAUAUGUACAGCUGUAUUUUUAGCCAUGUACUCAUUGUGUUGGUAAAUACGUUUUUCUACCCACCGUUAAAACAUACAUUUCUGACAUUUAUCUUUGUAAUACCCACACUUAGCUCAUGCCAUUGGUUUUGUGGUUAACCAUUGUGCUUGUAUUGGAAAUCUGAGUGUUUGUUAAUUGAAUGCCAAGAUCGUGAAGGACAGACGCGGUUUGUAAAGCAUUCUGUGUUUCUACAUUUUAUACCAAUGCAAUGAUCCAGGACAGAAAUAUUUUACAUUCCUAUAAAAAUAUGCAACUGAAAAUAAAAAAAAUAAAAAAAACUACAGGAAUGA